AAGUACAAGACACGAAUCCAAGUGAAACUGUAUUCGUGUUUCAACUCUAACAACUGACGUGGCAUGGCUGCUUCUCCUUCAUCAUAAUUUUUCUGCCACCAAAUCCUUCUUCUUCUUCUUCUUACUUUCUCUCUCUUCCAAUUCUUUCUUCCCCAAAUUCCCAAUUCCCAAUUUCGAUUUUUCAUCUAGGUUUCACUUCUUCUCAUCAAAUCCCAAUCGAUCAAAUCCCUUCUCGAUUGGGUUUCAAUUAUAUCACAAUCUUGAAUUGCUAAAUUCAAUUGAAGCAUUCAUAAUUGGAUACUAAUUCUGCUAAUUAGGGUUUCAAUUUGUUGGAUCGAUUUUGUGAGAAAGUAUGGAAACGAGUAGAAGAGCGGUGGAAUCGUACUGGAGGUCAAGGUUAAUCGAUUCAGCUACAUCAGAUGAAGAUAAAGUUACACCUGUUUACAAAUUGGAAGAAAUUUGUGAGCUUUUGCGUUCUUCACAUGUUUCUAUUGUUAAGGAAGUUUCAGAUUUUGUUUUGAAACGUUUGGAUCAUAAGAGUCCCAUUGUAAAACAGAAGGCUUUAAGAUUGAUAAAAUAUGCAGUUGGAAAGUCUGGUGCUGAGUUCAGAAGGGAAAUGCAGAGACAUUCAGUGGCAAUUCGUCAAUUAUUGCACUACAAGGGACAGUUGGAUCCUUUGAAAGGCGAUGCACUAAAUAAGGCGGUACGGGACACUGCUCAGGAGGCUGUCUCUGCCAUCUUCUCAGAAGAUAAUAGUAAUAGUAAUAUUAAGGUUGCCGCACCUUCUCAAGAUCUUAACAGGCGGAUACAAGGGUUUGGGAAUACAAACUAUGAACCGCCAUCUGAAGAUAAGAAGUCUUUUAUUAGUGAGGUAGUUGGUAUUGGAAGUGCAUCAAUUAAGCAAGGAAUUCAUAGCUUAACACAAGGACAUUCACUAAUGAAGAAUGAAACUGGAAGUGGAAGCUACAAGAGUCCAAAUCUUCAAAGGUCGCUGACCAACGAAUCAGAACAUGGUGACAGAUAUGUACCAGUUGCGUAUCGUAGUGAAACUCAGAGUAGUUUUGGACUUCCAAAGAAUCAAUCUAGUGGUUCUUGGAAUCAGGAUUCUAGAGUAACUAAGAUGGACAUUUCAAAUGGCGAAUCCAGUGGAAAUUCUUCAGAGACUAAGACUAGAGAGGAUAGGCUGCUGGAGACAAUUGUAACUUCAGGAGGUGUUCGUCUACAACCCUCUCGAGAUGCCAUUCAAGCUUUUCUAACAGAGGCUGCAAAGUUGGAUGCCCUAGCUUUAAGUCAUGCUCUUGAAUUAAAGCUACAAUCUCCUAUUUGGCAGGUGCGCAUGAAAGCUGUUUGUGUUCUUGAGUCCGUCCUCAGAAAGAAGGGUGAUGAACAUUUUUCGUAUGUGGCAUCUUACUUCACUGAACAUAAUGACGCCGUGCAGAAAUGUUCCGAAUCUCCCCAAGCCUCUUUGAGGGAAAAGGCUAUAAAGGUUCUUGGUCUUCUAGGUGGAGGCCAGCCAAACAGUUCUGCUAUUAGUUCAGAGAAAGCUGUAAAGACAGAGCGUCCUGUUGUUGCUGAAUUGCCUGACUUGAUAGACACUGGCGAUUCAAAUGAUAACACAGCCAAUACUACAAAUGAACAAAGUAUAGGAAAUUUGACAUCAUCCGCACCUCUGGUUGAUGAUUUAUUUGGCGAUAUAAGCGGCUCUAUUGGAGCUAGUCAUGAAGUGAAAAAUGACGACGACCCAUUUGCGGAUGUAUCAUUUCACUCGGGCGAGAGCAAAGAACAAGCAGAUGAUCUAUUUUCAGGAAUGACAGUUGGCGUUGAUAAGCCAGUUGAUCAAUGGAGUCACAAGCAGGGGAUUCAAAGUGAUCCUCAACUUUUUGACGUUUUUGCUUCUGGUUCGGAGCAAGGAAAUCAUAACGCGUCUUUUGGUGAUUUAAUGGGUGGUUUAUCAAUAGAUGAAAAUACCUCAAGCACGGCGAAGCAGAAGGGAACAUAUUCUGCAGUGCAAUCUGAAUCUUUAUUUUCAGGUUUAAACAACCACACCCCAGAGAAUACUCUGGGCGGCAUGUUGGGAUCUCAGGCUCAGCCAGUUGGGUUCAAUGGAAACCCGUUGUUUCCCACUGGUCAUCUGCCUUAUAAUAUGCAACCUGGUAUUAUGUUGAACCAGCCAUAUCCUUCUCAGCCUCUUAAUUAUGGUGCCAUGGGAACUCUCUUAGCUCAGCAACAAUUACUCGCUACAAUGGCUAAUUUCCAACACCUUAGUAAUGUCAACAUGCGAGAUGAUGGUGUUGCUCAAAUGGUUGGACCUAAUGGAAAUUCACCUUUGCCAGACAUAUUUCAACCAAAUUUUGCAUCUCAAACUCCCAGCUCAAUGAUCAAUAAUUCAAAGAAAGAAGAUAACACAAAAGCAUUUGAUUUUAUCUCGGACCAUCUUAGCUCUGCUCGUGAUUCAAGGAGAGUGAUUUGAAAUCUUCACGCCAUUUUCCUUCGCUCGAUGAAUUUCAACUUGUGGUCCAUGGUAUCCUGUAAUAACUGGUUUUGUAAGGAGUGAAUUACUCGUAUACAAGUAAUCAUCGUGAUAAUGCCAAAUAUUAUACAAUUACAUGCAUUUUUAUUUCACUAGAA